AUGGUAAAAACCGAGGCAAAAGAGGGUCUAUUGCCUCAGUUCUGGAUCCAAUCGAGGCAUGAAUUCUACCAGAAACCUGAUCAGGUGGUUGUAACCAUAUUUGCAAAGAAAAUCCCCAAGGAAAGCAUAACUGUUGAAUUUGGCGAACAAAUACUAAGUGUUAGUAUUAAUGUCCCAGGGGAAGAUGCAUAUGUUUUUCAAACUCGCUUAUUUGGAAAGAUUGUACCCUCCAAUUGCCGGUAUGAUGUAUUAUCAACCAAAAUUGAAAUUCGCCUUGAGAAAGCGGAACCUAUUCAUUGGUCAUCUCUUGAAUUCACCAAAAACGUUGUAGUUCCACAGAUGGUUAAUGCCUCUUCAGUUACUGCAAGUCAUAGACCUUCUUACCCGUCCUCAAAACAAACCAGAGAUUGGGACAAGAUCGAAGCUCAAGUCAAGAAAGAGGAGAAAGAUGAAAAGCUCGACGGGGAUGCUGCAUUGAACAAAUUUUUCCGGGAAAUAUACCAAGAUGCAGAUGAGGAUACCAGAAGAGCAAUGAAAAAGUCAUUUGUGGAGUCUAAUGGAACUGUGCUGUCUACAAACUGGAAAGAAGUGGGAUCAAAGAAGGUGGAGGGAAGUCCUCCUGAUGGCAUGGAGUUGAAAAAAUGGGAAUAUUAAGAUACUUUCUGAAUCAAUGUUUAUAUAUAAUUUGGUGUGGGAUUAUGCUUUUAAUGCUUUCUGUUGGUUAGUUAACUGCUGAACUAGAGAUCUUAUUUUAUUCGAAUUUUUUUUUUUCAUAAGGUUUGUCCGUCUUCGCUUGGACCUGAAUUAAUGGUUGUUGGUUGAGGACAAGGCUGUUCCUAUUUGGUUAAUAUAAUGCAACUUUCUGGUUUA